AUGUCAUCUCCUCAAAUCAAUAAUGUCUUGAUCCUUAACAACAUCAACACUAACAACAACAACAUCCCCUCUCCCACCACCUCUUCACCUACCACCUCCACUUCCUCAAUCAAUGAUGGUAGUGCUUCUCCUACCAUUUCACCUCAACAAGCUUCUGCUAAUAAUAAAAAAAGAACUCGUGCUACUCCUGAACAACUUGCUAUCUUGGAAGAUACCUUUAAAACAAAUACCUCGCCAAACUCAAAAGUUCGUGAAGCAUUAGCUGAAAAGGUCAGCAUGUCGGAACGCUCAAUUCAAAUCUGGUUCCAAAAUCGUCGUGCUAAAAUGAAGGCCGUGCAAAAACGUGCCCAUUUAAUGAUCAAUCAAGAAUCCUUGAAUCAUUUCAUGACUUGCAUGCCACCAAGCUACGGUAACAUAUAUCCUUUCCGCAUGCCCAUUCAUCAACAUCCUCAACGAAUUGCCUUACCAAAUGUUGCUUUUUCUGCCGGUAUGAGACCACAACCAAACAUAUCUAAUAAUCAACCUCAACCUCAACAACAGUACACACCUCCAUUACAACAGUACUCACCUCCACAAGAGUUUAUUACUCCUUCGGCCUUUAAUAAUACAAGUGUGACAUUGAUGCCAUGUGAAACUCUCACAAUUGGUACUUGGAGAAGAAUCUUGACCAUCCAAGAACCAAAAGAUUUAUUAUGUUAUUAUACCCUUCCACAAGAUCUUAUCACUUAUCAUAUCACCAAUGAUAACACCCACUUCAAAAUGGAAUUUCCUUUUGUUGACAUCACUUCAAUUGAAUACAGACCCAUCGAUGAAAGCACCAGCCAGCUCGCUAUAGAAGUUAAAGACACCCCAAGGUUCUUUAUGGAAUCUCCACAUGGUAAAUGGAACAUGUGCAAAGAUUUUACUGAAGAUAGGCAAGCAUCUAGACACAUGAGACAUGUUAUCAAGGGCAGAUCUGCUUUCAUGAAACCUGCUCUCAUCAAACUCAUGCAAGAUAACUCUGAUCUCGCAAAAGUUGUUACAAUACUUGAUUCUCCAAAUAAUGCCUCCUAUCCUUCACCUUCAUCAUCUAUAACUGAUAGUCAAAUCAAUAAUGCUGUUAACGGUGACAAUAAAAACAUCAUCAAUAAUGAUAUAAUGAUGGGUCUACAACAAUUACAACAAAACAAUGAUCAACCAUUACGUCGCUCUUCAUUCCCAGUCCCAGCCAAUAACAACAAUAGUUUUAUUAACGGAAAUUCAAUUAAUAAUGACAAUGGUUUAUGUAUUAACGGUUUGAGCAUUAACAACAAUAGUAGCAGCGCAAAUGAAUUAUUACAAAAUAUUCAUCGUCUCCGUCGUUCACCAACAAUCAUCCAAUCAUCACCAUUACUAAAUCAACAUCCAUUUGUAGGAUUCCAAUCGUCUCAUAAUCUUAGUCAUCUCCAAAUGGAUUCUGAAACAUCAACAAUAUUAUCUGAUGAACAAAUAGCCGCUUCAAUGAUUUCAUUUAAUGACGAUACAUCAUUUAUGAGUGGUAUGAAUUUGGAAGAUCCUUGGGGUAGCGACAUCGCUUCUUUCUUUAAAGAAAGGCCUAGGAGAAAUUAUGAUGAAGUUAUUGCUAGACUUGAUAGGAUUGAUAAUGAAGUUAUUGCUAGACUUGAUAGGAUUGAUAAUGAAGUUAUUGCUAGACUUGAUAGGAUUGAUGAUGAAUUUAUUCCUAGAUUUGAAAGUAUUGAUAGGAUUGAUAAAAAUAUUGAAGAUAUGAAGAGAGAAACAACUUCAGUACCCAUAUCAAAAAUAACUGAAGGAUAUUGGAUGAAGAUUCAAGAAUUUACUGGUCUUGAUUACCAAGCAACGACAUGUGAAAUAGAGUUUCCAAACCUUGAUUUAGAUUUGGGUAAUGAGAGGAUUGAUGCUUUUGGAUGGGAGGAUGCCAUAGAAAGAUCACAAAGUGAUAGAUACAAACCUCACCUCACAAGUAUACUCAAACUUGCCUCAUUUCAAAAACUUGGACUUUAUGAUCCAGCUGGAGAUGAUAGUUUUCUUAGUACAAGUACUGAUAUCUUACCAAUAAGACUUUCUGGAACAACAGACUUAGUUAUAGUGGACAGGCAUUCUAUUGCUCCUCAAGCCCAAGAGAAACAUAUCCGAGUCCUCUUUGAGCUAAAGAAGGUUGUCAAUAAGAAACACACAUUUCAAACCAUGGCAGUGCUAAUUUCCGCAGAUUUAAAAUCAAUAUAUCCAGUCUUGGCUGUGUUAACCGAUCUGAUAGAUGAUUGGCAUUUUUUUUGGAUUAAAGAAAAAAUUAUUAUGAGGCUUACUCUUUCUAGAGCUAACUCUGUGGCAUUGUUACGACAUAAUCUUACAUUGGCGAAUGAUGAAUUGAUAGAAUUGGUGAAUCGAGCAUCAUCUGGACUCACAUGUGUAACACAAGAAAGCACUGAAAUGAAUAUAGAAUCAAGCUCUUCUGAAGUAGGAAACCCAUUACCAAAAAGACAGAAGCUUAGACAUGCUAUUACAACUUCUAAUGUAAGUUCAGAUAUAGCUCCAAUGGAAGAUUUUUUUGAUA